AUGGUGGAAUAUCAGGGUGGCAACGAGGAACUCAACACAGUCAGCUCAUCCCUGGGGCACCCAAAUUACCUGCCCUUCCAAAUUCCUGACCUUCAGCUGCCCUCUGCUGGAUGGGCGGGGGGUGGGGACCGGGGGCAGCUGGGGCGUGGAUCCGUGCCCCUCCUCCCCGUGCCACUGCCUCCUCUUUCUCCUCCUCCGGGUCGGGGACCUGGGGGAGGGAGGGUCUCCAUCUUCUCUCUGGCCCCUGCACCUCACACAAAAAGCACGCCUUCCUCAGCUCCUCCUUCAGCCCCGGGGCCCCCCUACCCAGCGGUGCAGGCCCCAGGGGCUUCUCAGCCUCGCUAUAGUACCCUCCCCACUCCCGCUACCCCCGCCACGCCCCGGCCCGCGAUGAUGCCCAUCUCUGCUCCCCAUUCCUGGGGUUCCCACCCUGCCCCUGCCCCAUGCCGAUGCCCCCAGGACCCUCCUGGGCUGCGGAGAGGCCCUCUGAUCCCUGAGCAGGAUUCUGAGAGGCUGGAGGACUGUGACCCUGAGGGGUCCCAAGAUUCAGCCCUCCAUGGGGAGGGGCAGCAGCCCCUGCUUCACGUGCCUGAAGGGCUCCGAGGCUCCUGGCACCACGUCCAGAACCUGGACAGCUUCUUCACCAAGAUAUACAGCUGCCACCAGAGGAGUGGCCCUGCCUGUAUCCUGCUGGAGGAUGUCUUCCAGCUGGGACGAUUCACUUUCAUUGUCACCUUCACAACCUUCCUUCUUCGCUGCGUGGAUUACAGCGUUCUCUUUGCCAACCAACCAAAAAACCGAACAAGACCUGGGUCGCUCCACAGCCAAGUGACCUUGUCAGAUGCUAACCUACCCUCAUCCCAGUGUGCCCAGCGGUGAGUGACAGAUCUGCUCCUGCUUGUCUUCCUGCUGAUCCUGGCGGCUGCCGUCUGGCUCUUCCAGCUGCUUCGCUCGGUCUGCAAACUCUUCAGCUACUGGGACAUCCAGGUGUUUUCCAGGGAGGCCCUGCACAUCCCCCCAGAGGAGCUCAGCUCGGUGCCCUGGGCCGAGGUGCAGUCCCGCCUCCUGGCGCUGCAGAGGAGCGGAGGGUUGUGCGGGCAGCCGAGGCCGCUGACGGAGCUGGACGCCCACCACCGCAUCCUGCGCUACACCAACUACCAGGUGGCGCUGGCCAACAAGGGCCUGCUGCCGGCCCGCCGCGCCGUGCCCCGGGGAGGCAGGGCGGCCUUCCUCAAAUGCGGCCUGGCGCCCAUCGAUCUGCUCCUCUCCCGCGGGCCCUUCUCGUUCUUCCGCGGCGGCUAGGAGCUGCCCGACGCCUACAAGCGCAGCGACCGGCGGGCCGCCCUGGCCGCGCGCUGGCGGCGCACGGUGCUGCUGCUGGCGGCCGUGAACCUGGCGCUGAGCCCUCUGGUGCUGGCCUGGCAAGUGCUGCACGCCCUCUACAGCCGCGCUGAGCUGCUGCGGCGCGAGCCCGGCGCGCUGGCGACGCGCCGCUGGUCCCGCCUGGCCCGCCAGCAGCUGCGCCACUUCAACGAGCUGCCGCACGAGCUGCGCGCGCGCCUGGCCCGCGCCUCCCGCCCCGCCGCCGCCUUCCUGCGCGCCCCCGCGCCCGUGCUCGCGCUGCUGGUCCGCCAGCUCGUCUUCUUCGCCGGCGCGCUCUUCGCCGCGCUGCUCGUGCUCACCGUCUACGACAAGGAUGUGCUCUACGUGGAGCACGUGCUCACCGCCAUGACCGCGCUCGGGAUAGUGGCCACGCCCUCUAGGUCUUUCAUUCCGGGCGGGCAGGGCCAAGGUCGUUCGCCGCAAAUCCUGCUGCCGGCGGCCUUGGCGCACACGCACUACCUCCCGGUAGAGAGCAGGACCAGCUCUUACCGGCAGAUGGCGCGGCUGCUGCAACACCGAGCAGUCUCCCUCACGGAGGAGCUCCUGUCCCCUGUCCUCGCCCCACUGUUUCUGCUCUUCUGGUUUCGCCCUGGCGCCUUGGAGAUCAUUGACUUUUUUCGUCACUUCGCUGUAGAUGUGGCCGCGGUUGGGGACAUCUGUUCCUUUGCCCUUAUGGAUGUGAAGCGCCAUGGCCACCCUCAGUGGCCUAGUGAGGGACAGACAGAGGCCUCACUGUCUGAGCGGGCUGAGGACGGGAAGACUGAGCUCUCAUUGAUGAGGUUCUCCCUGGUUCAUCCACAACGGUGCCCCCCAAGCCACAGCUCCAAGUUCCUGGGGCACCUUCGAGGCCGGGUGCAACAAGAUGCAGCCGCCUGGGGCGCCAGCUCGGUUCGCAGCCCCCCCAGCCCUGGGAUCCUCAGCAGCUCUUCCUCCCCUCUGCCGGAGGCCUUCCCGGCCAACCUCUCCAUGCAGCCCCUCGUGCCCCCCCAGGACCUGAGCCCCGUAGUCCCCUGCCCAGCUGCAGCCACGGCCAGCCUCCUGGCCUCCAUUUCCCGAAUGACCCAGGACUCAAGCUGUGUGUCCCCAGGAGGCAGUGGGGGCCAGAAGCUGGCCCAGCUCCCAGAGCUUGUGUCUGCUGAUCUCCACGCCAUUUACCUGCACCAGCUCCAUCGGCAGCAGCAGCAGGAACUGUGGGGCGAGGCUUCAGCCUUCUCCCUGUCCAGGCCCUGGGCCAGCCCGCCGCAGACACUCUCGCCGGACGAGGAGAAGCCAUCCUGGUCCAGUGAUGGCUCCAGUCCUGCUUCCAGCCCCAGACAGCAGUGGAGAACCCAGAGGACCCAGAAUCUGUUCGCUGGAGGGUUUCAGGAGCCCACAGACACCCAGAAGGAGGCUGGCCAGGCCACUAGCUGAGAGGCCAGGCCACUGACUGAGAGGGCUGCUCACGGCCAGUAUUGUCUAACUGGGGUGGAGGCAGGGCAACGAGUAGGACACUGGGUGGACUCAGACUCAGAGGUAUGGGAACGGUGGUGGGGAUGGCCAUCUCUGGAACCUAAACCCCUGGACUGCUUGUCAAGAGUUCUUCCUCCCCCAGGUUCCCUGGCUGCUUCUCCAGCCACAGGAGAUCGGACGAGGUAGAGUGGAAGGGCACGCCGAGCCCUCUUUAAAGACCCCCAUGGAUGCUUUAGCUGGGCGGAACUUGGGAGUCAAUGAGGAACUCGCCCCGGAGAAGAGAGAAAGGGUAGGAGAGGAGAUGCCCAAGGCAUCGGGAAACAUGUCUUAGAGACAGUCCUCACACGGAGGGGCUAAGAGACAACUAUCUGUCCUGGAGUGGUCGCCUGGGAGGAAGUACCCAAGUGACCUCACGUUGGAGGGCAGAGCCAAGAUGGAGGCCAAGCUGCACAUAAGGGAGCCACGAGGGGCUGGACCCGAAAGGCAGUAGGUUCUUUUUUUUUUUUUGCGGUACGUGGGCCUCUCACUGUCGUGGCCUCUCCCGUUGCGGAGCACAGGCUCCGGACGUGCAGGCUCAGCGGCCAUGGCUCACGGGCCCAGCCGCUCCGCGGCAUGUGGGAUCUUCCCGGACCGGGGCACGAACCCGCGUCCCCUGCAUCGGCAGGCGGACUCUCAACCACUGCGCCACCAGGGAAGCCCCAGUAGGUUCUUUAGACACAUCUGGACUUCAGGUUCCCAUGGGACUUGUGGAAGGGCAUGGGGACUGGGGGUGGGAAGACUAGAGAGGCCUGACGUUUUCGGAGUUCACGUCAGUGUGACAUCUGAGGAAGCGGGUCUGGCCCCUCGUCCUGUCCGAAACAAGCAGUAAAGUUUGCUCAUGGUUGUGCUGCACAGCUUUGCGGCCUUAGUCCUGGAAUCCCCACUCCUGUCAGCUGACGACUGCACCUGCUUCUCAGUCCAGAUCAGGGAGCAACACAGAAGAACUGCCCGUGAUUGGCUGGGGACCACCACUGUUCUCCAGGACUCCCUGUCAAAGAAUUACCACCUCCGCACUGUCUGCACGAGUUCAAAGACAAAGCUUGUCAUUCAUUCUGUAACUGUAAUUGACAGCGCUGGGUUAGGCAUCUUAGUAGCUCUCAUAACUUCUGAUCUGGUCUCUUAUGGUGAAUCGUCAGUAAUAAAUAUUUCAAUGAUUUAGAGAUCAGGCUUCAAGAUAAGAUACUUCCGAGAGAGGUGAGGGGAAUCUAAAAUUCACCUAAAUAACACAAAAGGGCUGUGGAAUACCACGGCUGGGAGACGGCCUUCCAGAUUUACUCAGACCUAGGGUAGGGAAACAGACCUAGACAAAGAAAGAGAUAUUCCCGGGGAAUCAGGCCAGUCUCUGCAGACUCUGGACAGAGGUGGGACGGCACCUCGGAGGGGAGGGAGAGGUGGCUGGUUCCGGUCUGACGGCCCCUCUCUCCGCAAACUGAAGCGGAAAGCAAGAGGGCUCUCAGGGGCCAGCGGUGUCUGGGCCGGGCGGGUCGAACGCCCAGGGCACUGCGCCCCGCAUAUGCCGCUCCUGCAAGGAAAAGCUCUGGGUGCGUAUGCGGCUUGUCACUUCCUGGGUGCGCAGCGUGAGCCCGAAAAUGUCCUCGUGAUAGCGUUGCUGAUCCUGGCGGGGGAAAGAGGGCGGGAGAUCAAAACCCAAGUCGGAGUUGCCAGCGGGAGUGGGGGCGGCCCCCGGCCCUGCCCCUCCGCACCCGCAGCACGCCGAUGACGUCGCCGGCCUCAUCCAGCUCCAUGUCGCCCUCUGUCGCCAAGAUGCGCUGCACCGUCUGCAGGACGCUGGUUGCCAUGGUGACAUCGCCGCAGACAAACAUGUGGCCCCGCUCGAGGCACAGCACGCGGUGCACCUCAGCAGCCAGCUCCGUCCGCAGGAUGUCCUGCACGUAGGUCUGAGGGGAGGCGGGGUCAGGGGCAGACCCCGGCGGGGCACCAGGCAGGGAAGGGCAGGCCCCGGGGGGAGCGGGCAGGGCGGGUCCUGGGUGCGGGAAAGAUACCCGGCGCACCCGGUGGGGCCUUGGUGCGCUGGGGUGGGGUCUCAAGGGACGGAGACAAGUAAGGGGCGGGGCAUGGGUGAGGGUGGGUGAGACCCAAAGGGGCCUUGGCACGACGGUGGAGCCGAGUGGGGGCGGGCGUCUGAGCGCCACGGGGUCGAGCGAUGGGUGCGCACUGCAGGGGGCGGGGCCGGCCUGGGCCUAGGCGCGCCGGGUUACCCCUGCCCCCUCAGGGUCUCGCACCUUAGGGCUGUUGGGUUCCCGGGAGAAGGCGGUGAGGACGCGGCCAAACACCCCGCGCUGCUGGGCAUCCUGCACCUCCUCGCGGUAGAGAUGGUCGAGCUGGGAGCACCGGCAGCCGAAUACCAAGGUCAUGGGGGCAGGCUGCAGCCCUGCAAGCAUCACUGCGGCUUGGGAGAGCCCCCCAACCCCCUCCUGGGGACACAGCCCUAGCGACACCUCCCACUGGCUACCCUCACCCAGGCUGAGGGGCCCACCCUUUACGGCAGAAACAACCACUCAGCUGUUUGGCCUCUAGGAGGGUUGGGAUGCUUUCACAGAGAUCCUGCCUGACGCUGAUUUACAGAGAAGCCGAAGGUCACAGGAGAUGGUGACUUCCCUCUGGUGGCAUGGCCAGUAGUGACGCUGUGCUACGCCUGGGGCUUCUGACUCCAUGCCCUUUGUACCAUCCAACACUGCAGUCUGAGACUGCCUGGCCCCUUCCCUGCUCUAAGCCCAUAUUCUCCCACACCUUCAGUUCCUGCCCUCUACACCUUCCUCUUAGUCACAAGCUCCCUUCUUUUGAUUUACCAGCUCCCCUGGGCACCCCAUGCCCAAACUGAACACCCUGUAGCUUCCCUGGGUCUCAGACACACCUAAGUGACCUCUGACACAGUCCAGAGUCCACCUGGGGCAUAUCUGUCUUCUGAGUCCCAGCCCCAUCUUCUCCAGACAUCCGGGUUCCCUUUGUUGUUAAUCCAAUCCAACACUACUUUGUGCUGGGCACCAGGAAGCCAGACCAACAGGGCACUGCCCUUGGCUCUAGGUCCCCGACCCCCUGGUCUAAUAAAAUUCUUUUCACCUUUGUGGCCCUGUUCCUUGCCCUCUUUCCUACCUGGUUCCUGCCUUCUAGCCCCCUGCUCUUUUGUGCCCCUAAGUUGUGUGACUCCCUCCUGCCUUCCAGUCAUUCCCGUGGGCCCCAGCCUCACCUUUGCUCUCGAUGUCGUGUAGCCGCUCCUGCCAAAAUCCCCGGAAGGGGGCGAUGCCAGUGCCCGGGCCCACGAGGAUGCAGGGCAAGCUGGGAUCAGGCGGCAGCCGGAAGGAGGGAGCCCUAGCCAAGAGACCCUCCAUCAGGCCCACUUGGUUUCCCCACAUCCCCCAUUCUUAUCAAUCUCAGCAGGGUUGGGAGAGGAGAACUCAACUUCCACUGAAAAUGAGUUAAUGCUUGUGUCUAGCUCACAGUAAGCACAAAGUGUUUAAUAAAAGAACUCUGCUGAUUGGCAGAAACUUCCUGGACCUGUGGUUUCUGGAGGUUGGGUCAAAGGAAAUAAAGCUUAAAUUUGAACUGAAGAA